AUGGCCUCCCAGGAGCUGCUCUCCAUCCCGUUCGCGGAGGCGUCGGUGGGAUCGCCGUCGCCGUGCGGGGAUCCUUCGAGCGUCGUGAGGAUCGCGAAGGGGACGCCGCGGCCUGCCUCGCCCAAACCCGACCAGGGCGAUCUCGCGGGGGUGAAAAAAAACGUCUCCCGGCGUCUCCUGCUUCUCCCACGCGUAGUACGAAGGAUCGAGGGCGCCGCCCUUCGCGACCCCGUGGAGGGCCAUGGCGCGUCGAGGAAGGGCGUGAGACGGUCGAACGCAAAACCGCCCGCCGGGACAGAAAAAGAAAAGGAAAAAAACGACGCCGAGGAGCACAAACCGAGCGUUCUGGAGGCCCAUCCCAGACGACCCCCGCUGCAACGCUUAGGGGCGGAGUUGCGGCAGUGGCGGGCGUCCCUUCACGAGUUUAAGCAUCGCCUCCACCACCAGGAAGAGCGAGGAGGAGGGGAGAUCAACGGCGAUGAAGCGGGUGGGGAACCAUCUAAAAUAAUGGAAAGCAGCGCCUCCCUUCUGAACUACGGGAAUAGCACUUUUUCGUCGACCAUGUACACGCAGGAGCUGCAUUCACUUACGGAAGGAGACCUGUAUCGCUCAGUGAACGAUUACAACGGGAAUGUGGUGAAAAUCACCGAUGCUUCUUUUAAAGAGAAGAUUCGAAUGUUCCAAGUCAACGGUGAGCAGCCUAAGUACUUUGUCGUGUUUUGUAUUCCGAAGCGCGAACGUCGGUUGGUGUUCCUCCAGGGUGCGAAGUGGAAUUUUAGCUUAUUACGUCAUAUGAUCAGAAUGGAAAUACAUCCAGUCUCAGGGACCAUGGCAAAGACUGUCUAA